CUUCUUGAAACACGCCUGGGUCAGUGAUUCGAUUUAUGUGAUAUGUUAUGUGUUUAUAAAAUUACAUGCCAAGCUCAGGUCAUGCACUUUUCCGCUCCUUGAUUCCCAACUAUCAUCUCGAGAUAUGUCUACCUCCUCGCCGGUCAACAUUGGCAUUGCUAUCCACCGCCUCGGAGACAAGACCAGUAAAACAGCGUUUUACCAAUGGAACCUUGUCCUCUCCACCGGUUCAUUUGACGCUCGUGAUGUUCGUGUCUACACCAUUUCCAACACGAAAGACAAAGGGCGCACCACCUGUCCAUGGUUUCUCGAUCAUCGAAAAGCCACUCUCCUCCACUCCUCCGCCCUUCAAGGUGUCUUCCAAAUCCCCUUGAUUGUUCCAUUGACAUUAACGGCGCUUGAUGAAUUCAUUCGCCAGUUCUCAUCGACGAGGGAUGGCUAUAACACGAGGGGCCGAGGUUGGGAUGCCACAACGUACACCGUUCGGAUUCUAGACAGCUUGCACGAGGCUGGCUGUAUCAUGCUGCCAUGCAGAGUGGACGAGUUGGUGCUGCACGUCGAACACAGAGUCGCCCGACUGGAGUCGAUGAAGGAGCAACCUGGGUACGGAGGCAUGAAAUUAGCGGUGCUCCCGUUGUGAUCGCGGAGGAAAAUAGAUGGGGCGUGGGUGUCAUUACGGUGUGGCACGAGAGGCGGCUGUCGAUGACAGAUCCGAGAGUCUGGGAACUUUAGGAGUUACAAUCGUCAAUGCGGAAGUUAGGUUGGUUAGAGCUUAGAUCGCUAGGGCUGCCACGAGCAAAAAGGCCUGCUGUUGGUUCGGGUUGUAUUUUUUUUUCUGCUCUUGUCUCAUUUUCAUUUACCUCUGUUGCUGUGUAUCUGCUAUCUUUGUAGUUCAAUUUGAGACCCUGGGUCACGCGCAAUUAUCGUUUACGCGGUCGCCACCGUUCGUUAUGCAUAGUCGUAUUCAUAGAAAUCGUAGGCCGUAUCAGAAUAUUUAGUAAAAAUGGUCAUCACAU